UUGUAUUUUUUAAAUAAUAUUAUAAAAGUAAUUAUUUAGCUGUUAAAGCUACGGGAACAUGGAGCUGUUCAGUUUGGUCAGGUAUUGAUAAAAACCACGGUAUUAUUGCACAGAAAGUCAGUCCCCGUGCCCCCGGUUGAGGAGGAGCUGACUUGUUUAUUCAUUCACGUCGUCAGCUCCUCUUCCCUCCUUCCUGCUCCUCCUGCUGCUGCUGCUGCUCCACCAUCAGCCACAGUUUACACUGUGUUUCCCAUGUUCACGUUCGCCUCCGUCACGUCGCCACCAUAAACCCAUUUUGGAACCAGGAGGAGGCGAGCCGGCGCCUGGGUAGAUGUGAGCCCAAGGUAAUGGCCAGGCUGGUGGACAUAGGCACACAGACAGAUCCAGUGGUCGUGCUGUCCUUAGCCCAGGCUGCCGUGCUAGGUCUCAUAUCCCAGAAUGAAGUGUUUGGAGCUACUAUUGCACCCAACGGCUUCUACACCGGUGAACCCAAAGAGUCCCCUGCACCGCCAGUAGACGGAGUUGACUACGAGUACGCCGACCAGCUUAUUGGAGCCAACGGAGAUUAUUUAGGAGAAAACUUGGGAGAAGACGGACAGAUGCAACCUAGCUGCAGUCAGAGGAGGUGGCAGCAGGGGCCGCCACAACACAUUGAUGGGAAGAUGGUUGGGCCAGAGCGCCACAGUCUCCAAGGUGGUGACGUAGCCUCCUCCCAUAUUAAAGGAGAGGUAGUAAACUCUGUAAUGCCCCCCUGUGUUCACAUGUUGAACAACAUGGCUUCCCGGGGUGGUUUAGUGCAGGUGGAUCCCACGACUCUCAGAGGCCCCAAUAAGAACUGUGCAGAUUGUGAGCGGGAAGUAACUAACCAGCAACAAGCCAACACACACGGACAUCCUCCUCCCGCACCCCAAGUGGGCCACAGAGGAGCGGAGCAGGGUCAAAGGCCAUUACAGGGCCACCGGCCCAUGGGAGGCCAUGUUCGCAGUGGCCGAGAGGACGGGGAAGAGGCGGAAAACCAAGGGAACAACAUGAUAAAGCCCAGCCAGCAGGAAGAAGCCAUCAGUAGUUACUUUCAGAGCAGUGAGGUGGGCAGCUAUGAUUCAGGGGAAAUGGGCAUGGGGGGUGAGUAUGAGGACAGCGGCCACAGCAUGAUGUGGACAGAUGGUGGUGGAGGAGGUCAGCAUCAGCAGCCUCCGCCUCCGCAGCCGCUGCGUCGGCACGGCGGUCGACGGGUAGACCGUCUGGACAUCAACAUCCAGAUUGACGAAUCGUACUGUGUGGACGUGGGAGACGGUCUGAAGCGCUGGAAAUGCCGCAUGUGUGACAAGUCUUACUCGUCCAAAUACAACCUGGUCUCGCACAUCCUGGGCCACAGUGGCAUCAAGCCGCACGCCUGUCCACACUGUGGGAAGCUCUUCAAGCAGCCCAGUCAUCUACAGACCCACCUGCUAACCCACCAGGGCACGCGACCUCAUAAAUGCACGGUCUGCAAGAAGGGCUUCACUCAGACCAGCCACCUGAAGAGACACAUGCUCCAGCACACGGACGUCAAGCCCUACAGCUGCCGCUUCUGCCACCGCGGCUUUGCCUAUCCCAGCGAACUGCGCGCGCACGAGAUCAAGCACGAGCGUGGACGCUGCCACGUGUGCUCUCAGUGCGGCAUGGAGUUCCCCACCUACGCCCACCUGAAACGCCAUCAGACCAGCCAUCAAGACCCUCACACCUUCCAGUGCACCGAGUGCAACAAGUCGUUUGCGUACCGCGGUCAGCUGCAGAACCACCUCCUGAAGCACCAGAGCCCCAGGCCCUACACCUGCUCCCAGUGUGGCCUGGAGUUUGUGCAGCUCCACCACCUACGGCAGCAUUCACUCACUCAUAAGGGAAUGAAGGGCCACAAGUGCGACGUGUGCUCACGAGAGUUCACUCUGUCCGCCAACCUGAAGAGACACAUGCUGAUCCACAACAGCGUCAGACCUUUCCAGUGUCACGUCUGCUUCAAGAGCUUCAUCCAGAAACAGACGCUGAAGACACACAUGAUCGUUCACUUGCCUGUCAAACCCUUCAAAUGCAAGGUUUGUGGGAAGUCUUUCAACAGAAUGUACAACCUGCUGGGCCACAUGCACCUCCACGCUGGUAAUAAGCCCUUCAAGUGCCCUUACUGCACCAGUAAGUUCAACCUGAAGGGAAACCUCAGCAGGCACAUGAAGCUCAAACAUGGGAUGGACGUGUCACCAGAGGGACAAGAAGUUCUUCCAGAAAUGGAAAACCAGGGAGAGUACGAGUCCCAGAACUUCAAUUUCACAUCACCAGACAGCAUGGAAAACGGAGGCUCCCAAAACCUGACUAAACUCACCACGGCAAACAUGGAGGACAUGGAGGAAUAUUACAACUUUGGAAAGGAUACAAAUAGUUACGCAACACCUUAAAAACUGAUGGACCGGAGGACAUGUUUCUAAUUUUAUUUUCUAAUCGAAAUGGAAGAAAAGGAACUGAUUUGGCCUUUUUGUGACAAUGGGAUAUUUGAAGGAUGAGGAUUUGGGUUUUUUUCCUUUUUUUUUGUUCAAAGUUACUGUAUGGCCUCCAUCUGAGAGAACCAGAAACUGUGAGACUCCAGAGUGGAGGCCAAGAAGGAGACGUUUCACUGGAGACGGUUCAGCACUGUUGCUUAUGGCAGGACCACUGAGGCACUAAUCUGGAGCAGUUCUUUUUUUGGGAUUACUACUCUGACUGAGUCCAGAACUGCGGCGGACAGAAAACCCUGUAUGUUGUGUGUACGUACCAGUUAAUUCAAGGGCGGGCGGUGGGGGCGGGGAUUAUAAUCUGGAUUUGCAGAGCCAGCAGUUGCGUUUAAUGUGAUAGAAAUUUGUUUCCCUGUUUUGCCAUUUUUGUCAAUCACAACCAGUGUUUGCUCUUUUACUUUUCGACUGAAAGUGCCAGUUAGAUACAUUUACAUCUAAGCGUCCAUCGUGUUUGCUAUUUACUCACUGUAUAUGCAGCUUUGAUGCAUAGUCACAACAUAUUCAUGAGUAUGAAUUGCUAUUACUAACCAAUCUGUUGUUCCCUGUUCUUUCCCAGCCCUUCUGUUUGAGUCUCUCUGCUCUUGACCACUUUUGGCACAUGGUAAUUCUUGGUUUUUCUACCAGGCACUUCUUACUAAAGUGGCUCGAAUCUCACAAUAAUAACAACAUUCUUGUUGCCCUCCGACUGUACAACUGUACGACUGUUUACCUGCCACCUUUGUUCCACGUUGGUUUUUCCCUUACAUUUAUAAUCAGUCCUGUGUAGUGACUUUACUGCUCUAGUUUUUGAAUUACCGAGUGAACAUUACAAAGCACUUUUUUCAUUGAGAACUGUCUCUUCUGUAAGAGUGGACUCAUAGGACUCUUUAAAAGCCCAUAAUGGCAAUAUUAAUAAAAAACAACAAAAAUGUAUUGAUUUUUCUCAGUAGGUUUGUAAAGUGCAGUUUCAUUGCUUGUUUACAGUUACUGAUUCCAGUGUGAAUUGAAGAAGAAAAAUUGUUGAGCGAAUCAGCAGUUUGGGCCUUUGUUACUGUUGGUAGUCACAGCACUCGACACUAAAUUCAGGGCUGUUUUUACUUCACUUUCAGAGCAGUUUCUUGUUGAAAACUGUGCUGAGCAAUAGUUUUAGAGGGAACAUAAUGUUGUAGAACAAGGAUGCCUAAACAAUAAUUUCAGCUUUUAUUGUUUAUUUAUAUGAUUCAAUAAGAACAAGUCUAAAAUCUAUACAGUGGAACCUCGGUUCAAUUUGGUUCACAAACAAAAUGUUUUACCCAAAAAUUGCCCAGGUUGUUGUAAUGACCGUGGGACCUUAAAAGAAAUGUGUGAUAGUGAAAAUGGAAAGGUGGAAAAAACAGUGGAAUCUCAGUUUGAAAACUGAGAUUCCACUGUAUUUGAUUUGACCAGCCUUUAGCCUCACAUUAAUUCAAUGUAUUUACAGUAGAGUGCAGCCAGCACUCUGCAGUGACCAGUCCAUAAUCCUAAUAGAAGAUUUUAUCUGCAGCAGGACAACUAACUCAAUUAAAUAUUUCUGAACUACAGCAUCAUCGGUUCAGAGAAGACAGAACUGUCAAACAGAAUUCCUAUUUUACAGCUCUUUUCGUUUAGUUUAGACUGAGUGUUGUAACACCCUGUCCUCUUAAAGUAAAUAGAAUGAUGGGCACAUUUAAGAAACAAAGGUUUAUGUAGUUCCUAGAGUACUUGGUUACUACAGUGUUCGUUAUUGUAAAGUUGAACUGUUGAAACAAACAAGGAACAUUUAACAGAAAAGCUCACCAUAAUGUUGAACGCCACAUGCUGUUAGACAGACUUUAAAUGAAACUGUCUUUUAUUUUGAAAUCCAAACACCCGUCUUCCGCCUUCAGAUUUAUGUUUUGACAAGCGUCUUGACAUGCUUCAGGAUGCAUUCCGAGAACGUUUAAAAA